UAAUGGCAAAAAAGAAGUAUUCAUACCAGGAUGGGGCCCAAACCGCAAUAGCCAUAUACCAUCCAUGCCAUAAAUUCAAGAAGCACGUAAAAUAAACAACGAGUCAAAAGAAUUCACAACCAUGAUGAGAAUAAAAAGCAAGGAGUCAAAGCGGACAUAUUCCCGGGGAAUAGAAACUAACUUAUGGCCAUGGCUGGCCGACUGCUGCGCUGCAUCCUCAUUCUAAUCCUUGCCAGCUUUAUUGUCUUCACGUACGUUUCCAAAGUAGAGAUAAUGGAAAAUCUCGACUAUUUUAAGAUAGCGAAACACGAUGUAGUGUCCAAGAAUUCUGCAAAGCAGUUAAUGGACCAAGCGAUACGACCACGAUCCUUUCAGGAGUCUAUUAAAGAUUUUAAUGGUGGGUUCGCCGUUCAAAUUUCAGGAAACAUCAGUGGCAGGAACAACGAUGUGCACACAACUUUUGAUGAGAAUUUAAAUAUUGCAGAUUCUAUUAGAAACAGAAGAAUUGAUAAGGAUGAGUUACUGGAUGACGGUCCAAUGCAGAAAUUGCUUUCAGAAAUGUUGCUAGACUCGAAAAAUAUUGUAGCAAGGAAAUCAGUGCCAUUGUUCUCAAUUGAUACCGAAGUUCCCGUUCCAAUGCCGCUUGUAAAAGCUAUCUACAAGCCGGGUCACCUGGACAGUGAGAUUGAUAUGGAAAGGAUAUGUCCACGAGAAGGGUUAUUCACAAAGUUGUUGGUUUUAAUAACCUCAUCACUGCCACAUUCGGCAGCCAGAAUGUCCAUACGGCAGACGUGGAUGCACUACGGCAGCAGAAGGGACGUGGGCAUGGCAUUCGUCCUGGGUAGAAGCAAAAACAAGACGCUAAACAAGGUAAUCGAUCAGGAGAAUUUUAUGUACCAGGAUCUGAUAAGGGGACACUUCAUAGACUCGUACAACAAUCUCACUCUGAAGACCAUCUCUUUGCUAGAAUGGGCUGAUCUUCACUGUACGAAGGCUAAGUACGUUCUCAAGACGGACGACGACAUGUUCAUCAAUGUGCCAAAGCUGCUGACGCUCAUGGACACGCUUAAAGCCAAUAGAUCGAUCUACGGACGACGAGCUGAAAAUUGGAAACCCAUACGAAACAGGGGGUCCAAGUAUUACAUAUCCAACGCUCAGUAUGGAAAGACUACCUUUCCCUACUUCACCACCGGACCCGCUUACCUGCUCACUGGUGACAUUGUUCACGCCCUGUAUGUCCAAUCGCUGAGUACCGCAUUUUUAAAGCUGGAAGAUGUCUUCACCACGGGCAUCGUGGCUGAAACUCUGGACAUCCGGCGGGUAAACGUGCGCGAGAUGGCCAACAGCCGCACGAAAUUCGAGGCUUGUAAUAUCCGCGGAAAGAUUACCAUCCAUAUGGUACGGAGUAGCGAACAGUUUGAUUUGUGGAAGAUGUUAUUAGAUGACACCAUAAAGUGUGAUCACAAGUAAA